CCGAACCAUCCCGAACCAUACCGAACCGAUGCUUCGGGAUCGGUACAACAUAAAAUCCCAUACCGAACCGAAAUAUUUGGUACGGUAUCGCUUAAUUCAAUUAACAUCUCAAGAUCUCAAGAAGAGAUCAUUUCGAAAUGCCUCUCAUUUCCUGCAGAAUUCCAGUCUCACUUCACCAAAGCCGCCUCCCAACCGGCGCCGCCGCCGCCGCCGCGUCCUCCGCCCGCAAAGCAAUCCCAAUCCGUUCAAUGUCUACUUGGUCCUCACAACCCUCAUCUACCAGAGAAUCAGGCAGCAAGGAAGCUAAUGAAGCCUCCAUAGCUCAAGUGUUGCGAUACCACAACCAGACAAAGCACUCCUUCAACAACUACGCCCGCGGCCCUCGCGGCCUGGACUGGACAAACCAGCCGAACCCUUUCCGCCGCUACGCCGCCGCCCCACUCAUCUCUCUCCUGCACCCUCCCUCUCCCAAUUCCGCCGAAUCCCCUCUCUACGCCGAGGUCUUCUCUUCUCUCCCAUCUCCGAAAUCCCUCUGUCUCUCUACAAUUUCCCGGCUUUUCUACGAUUCUCUCGCCUUAUCAGCUUGGAAAACGGCCGGGGCUUCAACUUGGUCCCUCCGCGUAAACCCUAGCAGCGGGAAUCUGCAUCCUACCGAGGCGUAUCUCAUUUCUCCCCCCAUCGAAUCCCUUUGCUCUCACGGUUUCGUCGCCCAUUAUGCUCCGAAAGAGCAUUCUUUGGAGAUCAGAGCAGAAGUGCCAUUCGAAUCCCUCGCUCGGAUAUUACCAAAGAAUUCUUUUCUUGUUGGGCUGUCCUCAAUUUUUUGGAGGGAGGCUUGGAAGUAUGGAGAAAGGGCAUUUAGGUACUGCAAUCAUGACGUGGGGCAUGCCAUUGCCGCGGUUGCUAUGGCUGCAGCUGGGCUAGGGUGGGAUGUCAAGGUUCUUGAUGGGUUAGGCUAUGCAGAGUUGGAGAAGUUAAUGGGUCUUGAUUGCUUUCCGAACUUCAAAAUUCCAGAUAGGUCAGUGAAAGGGAGAAUGCCUGAAAUUGAGUUCGAGCAUCCCGAUUGUGUUCUUUUGGUUUUCCCUAGUUCAUCAUUGGUUGAAUAUAAUGUGGAUUAUAACGAGUUAAUCUCUGCUAUUUCGGAGUUGUCUGUUGUUGAGUGGAAGGGUAAGCCUAAUUUGCUUAGUAAAGAGCAUGUUUGUUGGGACAUCAUUUAUAGAACUGCGGAAGCUGUAAAAAAACCCGUUACAAUGGUGGAAGGAUCAAUCAUAGACCCCUUUCAGAGUAGUGGGGUGCUUGGCGAAAGUUGUUACAAGGGAUUUAAUUUGAGAGACAUUGUAAGAAAAAGAAGAAGCGCGGUUGAUAUGGAUGGGCACACUGGUAUAGCGAAAGAAACAUUUUAUCAAAUCUUGUUGCAUUGUAUGCCUUCAGGUUCUGGGAGUGGAUUAAAGCAUGGACGGCAAUUGGCAUUGCCAUUUAGGGCACUUUGUUGGGAAUGUGAAGUAGAUGCUGUUCUUUUUGUCCAUAGGGUUGUGGGCUUGCCUAGCGGCUUUUACUUCUUGGUGAGGAAUGAGAACCAUUUUGAUGGAAUUAGGAAGGCCACUAGGCCAGAGUUCAAAUGGGAGAAACCAGAUGGAUGCCCCGAUGGCCUUCCUCUGUAUGAGCUUGCUAGAGGAGACUGUCAAGAACUCUCUAAAAGGCUCUCAUGCCAUCAGGACAUUGCAAGUGACGGCUGCUUCAGCCUUGGUAUGAUAGCCCAUUUCGAGCCCAUUCUGGGUGGAAAGAGAGCUUGGAUGUAUCCUAGACUGUUUUGGGAGAGUGGAGUUCUUGGCCAGGUUUUGUACCUUGAGGCCCAUGCAGUCGGCAUCUCUGCUACUGGCAUUGGUUGCUUCUUUGAUGAUCCCGUACACGAAGUUCUCGGGCUAGAUGGACCAGAGUACCAAAGCAUUUACCACUUCACAGUAGGAGGGGCAGUGGUCGACAAGUGUAUAAUGAGUUUGCCAGCUUAUCCAGGUCCAAAUCUGGAUGCUUAAUCAGCAACAGAGCUGUCCUCUUGCAGUUUUGACUGUCCGAUUCCUUUUGACUUGCUUCAUCUCAUGGUUGUAAGGUCUCUUAGAUACAUACAUUCCUGAUUCGCGUGCAUUGUAAAAUAUGUGGAUAUAUUUACACAGUAGCCCUUGCAUAUACUCCGUAUUUAAUAGACAUAAAUAUACACAAAAAGUUUCAAUGAUACGGAGUAUAUCAAACUCAAGAAGUAAACAUUUAUAGAGGUUAAAGUUUAUAUUUUUGCAAGAAAUUUCACUACUCCUAACUGAUUUAAACUGUUUCCAAGAGAACCGAAAUUUUUAGGCGAUUCUUGGCCUAAGCAAAAGUGCCACAAACACGGACUUGCAGCAGAUUGUAAGAGUUCUUCUUCACUUCCUCAUUGAAAAUUCAUUGCAAUACAAGAGGAUGAUGCAUUGAAGUUGUGGACUUGUGGCAAGCAAAUUUUCAGUAUGAAAGUGAAGUAUUCAUAGUUUCCGACUUUCUUCUGUCUUUUACACUUUGUUCCCAUUAAAGCUGCCCUUGUUAU